AACGGGAGCUGCUGCUGUCAGUGUUGGUGGUGUCAGUAGCUGGUGGUAGUGGUGUCACGAGUUGGUGGUAGUGGUAUCAGUGUUAAUGUCAGUGUUAGUGCCAGUGUACUUUGUGCGAUAAAAGUUAACCUGUUUUUAACUUAACCUAACCUCCAUAAUGAUAUAGUUUUAACUCUGCCAUAACUAAACUUUUUUUCUUUACCAACAAUGAAAAACGUGACAUUGAAAACACAGUGAUUAAAACUAUUAAUCUAUUCAUUCAUUCACUUUUUUUUUACGUAAUAUCACCCAGUUUAUCCACUCAUUAUAAAACAGUGUGGACUUCUGGCGAGCAAUUCCCCUAUAUUUAACUAUGAUACGCGUUCAAUCUCCAAGUGAAAGCUAUAUUAAGUGAACUUUAAACAUAGGUAAUAUAGAAAAUAUACUCCAUGUUUAUGUAAGUGAUAUUAUAUAAAUAUAUAUAUUACUCCUAUGCGUGUAUCAAGAAUGCAGGCCGUCUUGAGGGAGUUGUUACAAGGACUUCGAAACACCUUAUGGGAGACUUUAUCUGAAGUGUGGGGCAGAUCACCAAAUAAUAUGGUACCGAUUGCCACCAGCCGUACAGUACUCAUAAACCGUCGACCGUUCUCCCACCUGCUGCCUCUCCCACGCUACCCAGGCAACACCAUCACUACUGCCAAGUACACACUUCUGACCUUCCUGCCCAAGAAUUUGUUUGAACAGUUCAGACGUCUGGCCAACUUCUACUUCCUGUGCCUCGCUAUUAUCCACGUUACCAUCAACAGCCCGGUGUCUCCCCUGACGAGCGUCCUGCCGCUGGUGCUGGUGAUAUGUGUGACGGCGGUGAAGCAGGGGUACGAGGACUGGCUGAGGCACCGUGAGGACAACAAGGUUAACAACUCCCCCUCCAGAGUCCUGCUGGAGGGUGAGGUGAAGGAGGUGCCCCGACGGGAGAUCUCAGUUGGAGACAUUGUACAGGUGAGACGAGACGAGGAGUUCCCCUGUGACUUACUGUUGCUCACCUGCCAUGACGUCAUCGAGGCCAAGAGUGACGUCACCACAGGAUCUUGUGACGUCACCACGGCUAACCUAGACGGCGAGACCAACCUCAAGACGUUCGUAUGCCCAGUGGAGACACGAGAGCUUCGUACACAUCAGCAGCUGUGGAAACUGACAGCAACUGUUCAGUGUCAGCUGCCUCACGCCAACUUAUACGACUUUAAGGGCAAGAUGGAAGUGUAUCGGGGCUCCGGCCUUCCUACCACUGCCUCCCUCAACACUGACAACCUCCUGCCCAGGGGCGCCCGGCUCAAGAAUACAUCUACAGUGUAUGGGGUCGCCAUCUACACAGGGGAGGAGACCAAGAUGGCUCUCAACUCUAAGAUGACCAGCAACAAGUUCUCCAUUGUUGAGAAGUCAAUGAACUCUUUCCUCGCCUUCUUCAUGGUGCUGCUGCUGGUGGAGGUCACGGUGUGCACAACCCUCAAGUACUACCUCUAUGGCAACGACGUCAGCAAGAUACAGAAGUUUUGGGGCACGAGUUUCCUGAAGUGGGACGACGAAUUGAGUGGCCCAGGGGAGUUGGAGGGGGUUCGUGUCAACACCUCAGACGUUAAUGAAGAACUGGGGCAGGUGCAGUACCUGUUUACAGACAAGACGGGGACACUAACGGAGAACACGAUGCACUUGAGGCAGUGUUCUGUGGAGGGAGUUAAGUAUACAGACGUUGGAGGAGACCUACACGUGCUGGACGAGGAGACGAACACGACCACGCCCCUACGAGACCUGAAGGAUGAGGUUGAGAGGUUUCUGGUGACCCUGGCACUGUGUCACACCGUCAAGGUCGCUGUCCCAUCACCAACAAUGUCAAAAGGUGGGAAGAAAAGGUCAACGAACGACACACACUUACACACCUUGACCCCAGAUUACCAAGCGUCCAGCCCAGAUGAGAAGGCACUGGUGGAGGCUUGUGCCAGGUAUGGCAUUGUGUUCCGUGGAGUGAAGAGCAACAGCAUUACCCUGGACGUGAGAGGUCAAACACGUUCAUACAAGAGGCUCCAGGUCCUCCAGUUCGAUCCAGACCGUAAGUGCAUGUCAGUGGUGGUGAGGGAGGAGGCGUCGGGGAGGAUCUGGCUCUUGACGAAGGGAGCGGAGAGCAGCGUGUUAAGAAGGUGUGCUGACGCUGCCCACCAACAGCCUCUCCACGACACAACCCUCGCUCACAUUGACGACUACGCCCUGCUGGGGUUGAGGACGCUGGUGGUGGCCAGGAAGGAGCUGGACUACAAGCACUACCAAGUCUUCGCCAGCCAGCUGUCUAAAGCACGCCAGGUGGUGGAGGGGCGAGAGGCAGCGGUGAGGGAAGUGACUGAGAGGAUGGAAGCUGAGCUGAGACUGCUGGGAGCUACCGGGGUGGAGGACCUUCUGCAGGAGGGCGUCCAGGAGACUCUGGAGGCUCUCAGGGCAGCGGGUAUCAAGGUAUGGGUGCUCACUGGAGACAAGGUGGAGACUGCGGUCAACAUCGCUUACUCCUGCGGUCACUUCAAGCGGUUUAUGACCGUCUUGUCUCUCACCAGCCUGCAUGACCUCCACCAGGCGGAGUCUGUACUGCAGAUGUGCUGGGAGGUGUCAGAGGAGGAAGGGUCGUACGGCCUGGUGGUGGACGGAGGGUCGUUGGUACUACUGAUGGAGCACCACAAGAGGGACUUCUACGACCUCUGCUGCAGGUGCUGGUCCGUCGUCUGCUGCAGGAUGUCCCCCCGGCAGAAGGCUGAGAUGGUGCGACUGGUGAAGACUGCCAAAGAGCGGCCCAGAUGUGCAGCCAUUGGUGACGGAGCUAACGACGUGUCCAUGAUCCAGGAAGCUCACGUUGGUAUAGGCAUUAUGGGUAAGGAAGGUAGACAGGCAGUAACGUGUGCAGACUUCGGCAUCUCCCGGUUCCAGUUCCUGCAGAAGGUGCUGCUGGUGCACGGCCACUGGAGCUAUGUCCGGGUGGCGGUAUUCAUCCAGUUCUCCUUCUACAAAAACGUGGUCUUCAACACCCCGAUGGUCUUCUACGCUGUCUGGUCCGCCUUCUCUACCCAGAGUGUGUAUGAUGGUUUACUUCUGACCAUGUAUAACAUUACGUGCACCUCCCUGCCGGUGCUGGUGUACAGUCUAGUGGAGCAGAACCUGCCAUCCAGCGUCCUGCUCACGAGACCACACCUCUAUCAACUUAACGCUAACAACGCCUACAUGAGCUGGCGAGUGUUCUUCCAGUGGAAUCUCUUUGCCCUAUGGCACGCCCUGGUCCUGUACUUUGGCCUCAUGUUGGUCUGCUACGACGACACCUGUGGCCUCCCCCAUGGCCAGACCUCAGACCUCUACCUCUUCGGCCUCACCCUCGGCACCCUGUGUGUGUUCGUCACCAACCUCAAGAUAGCAUUAGAGACCAAUUACUUCACCGUGGUGUUCGCGGGGGCUCUGGUAGUCGCCUUCUUGGGCCAGUCAGCCAUGUAUGUCAUCUACUGCGGCCUUCCUGUGGAGCCCUUCACCCUCAACGACAUCUACUGGGCCUACUACAGGUUGUUUCAGAGCCCGUCCCUCAAUCUAGCCUGCGUCCUGCUGGUGGUUGUCUGCCUCCUCCCCGACCUACUACUUAAGAUCUACGUCAACUCCUGCGACAAUGAGAGAUACCCAAGGAAGAGAAGGAGACGGGAGAGUAAUGAUGUAAUGUUAAAAUCUGUAUCCACUCUCGUCAACGACACCCUGACAGAAGAACUGGAAAAGAAAACUCAACACUGAACUUUAAAACCAAAGAAAACGGUUUUUGUAGGAGGGAAUCUAUUUUUUCUUCAGUCUACUUCCUUAAUAUUUACCUGAUCUACCCAGCCUCGUUGCCUUAGAUAGUGUCAAGUUUAUGAGAAUAUCUCUUAGACACACAAAAGUCUAGGGAACAGAAUAUACCCCAUGGAGGUAACACAUUGCAUUAAGCUAAGUUGGUUAUAAUGUCUUUUUGUUUGUCUAUGUGAAAUUUAUACUUUUGGACGCGAGGAAUUUUUUUCUAAUGUAUUCUCAGGUACGUGAUAAACAGUUAAAGCAUUAA